GUCAGAAGAGUCCAGCUACACGGGUUCCCUGUUGGCACGGAAGAGGCUGUGCUCCGGUCCUGCGGGCUAGGGAGACAGGUGCCACAGCCAUGCUACGCAGCCUGGCCCGGGCCGCGGUCCCGGGGCUCAGGGUGCCCUGGGCUCAGUGGUCUAGGAAUUGGGCGGGGGUCCCAGCCCACGUGGUAGACCUGCGCAGCGACACGGUGACCCGGCCAGGGCCAGCCAUGAGGCGCGCUAUGGCCGAAGCGGUUGUAGGAGACGAUGAUUACGGCGAAGACCCUACAGUCCACGAACUGCAGGAAACGGCUGCAAAAAUGCUCGGGGUGGAGAGGACUCUGUUUGUGCCCACCAACACCAUGGCCAACCUCAUCUCUGUGAUGGGUCAUUGCCGGCGCCGGGGUUCCCAGGUCCUCCUUGGGCAGGAGUGCCACCUCCACGUCUAUGAGCAGGGCGGGGUGGCUCAGAUCGCUGGGGUGCAUUCUCACCCCCUCCCCGACCUGCCCCACGGCACCUUGGACCUGAAUGAACUAGAGAGAGCACUCACUCGGGGCUCUGGGAGCUCCUACCAUCCAGUCUGCGAGCUCGUGUGCCUGGAGAACACGCACAGCAGCGCAGGAGGCCGGGUCCUCCCCAUCGACUACCUCCGCCAGGUGCGUCUCCUGGCCCAUGCCCACGGAGCAAAAGUCCACAUGGAUGGAGCUCGGUUGAUGAAUGCAGCUGUGGCUCUGCGCGUGCCCCCCGCCCGCCUCUUAGAGCAUUGUGACUCUGUGUCCUUCUGUUUCUCGAAGGGCCUAGGUGCACCAGUGGGAGCUCUGGUUGGGGGAUCCAAGGACCUCAUUGAAGAAGCGUGGCGCCUUCGCAAGGCCCUGGGUGGAGGCAUGCGCCAGGCUGGAGUGCUGGCUGCGGCUGCCCUGGUGGGACUGGCUGAGGCAGAGGAAGUGCUGCUAAGGGACCAUGAGAAUGCCCAGAGAUUCGCUAAAGGACUCCAAGACCUGGCGUCACCCAUUUGCUCUGUGGAUCCUGCCACCGUGGAGACCAACAUGGUGCUGGUGCGGGUGGCCGGGCUGCCUCCCUCAGAGCUGUGCCAGCGCCUCCAGGCUGUGAGUGCUGAGGAGGUGGCUCGGACUGGCCGUGCCGUGCGAGUGCUGCUGUUUCCCUGGACAGAGCGGUCUGUGCGGACCAUGUGGCACCGAGAUGUGUCUGCUCAGGACACAGAACUGGCACUGAGGAAGUGGGAGUUUGUGCUGAGACAGUUGACGCCCUGAGGCCAAGGGACUGGGGACCCCUGCUACGACUGAAGUGGGCCGUGAGCUGCCUCAAGCUGUUAGCCUAGUGAAGGUUCGUCCUCUCACAGCACCCAGCCUCUGGACUGCUCUCACAGCACCCAGCCUCUGGACUGCUCUCACA